AUGGCCGCUACCACAGAAAAAUCGACUAUCGUCUUGAUAACUGGUGCCAACCAGGGCAUAGGCUUCGAGAUUGCGAAGAAGUUAGGCAAGGAUCAUGCCAAUUAUCAUAUCAUCAUGGCGGGACGAAGAAAGGAGGCAAUUGAGGAGGCCGUCAAAAAUCUUCAAAGCCUGGGCUGCUCCGUGGAGCCACUUGUCAUGGAUAUUACCUCGGACGAGGCCAUUGCACAGGGGGCCGCGGCCGUUGAUGAGAUACAUGGACGGCUGGACGUCCUCAUCAACAACGCUGGUAUCUCGACUGAGGGUGACACCCCAACUCGCGAGGCCUGGCGUCAGGACAUGGAGACGAAUGUCAUCAGCACCAACAAAGUCACGGAUGCCUUCAUACCCUUACUACGGAAAUCAACGGUGCCCUGCAAGCGAAUCGUCUUCGUCAGUACCUCCCUUGCCAGCAUGGGUGACAAGCUGAACCGGAACGAUCAAUAUCACAAGGUGGAUUGGCGGAUCUACAGAAGCAGCAAGGCGGCGUUCAACAUGCUCGCUGCUUCCUACAUAGUUGACUUCGAAGACGAUCCGACUUGGAAGAUCAACAUCCAUGACCCGGGAUACUGUGGCACGAAUUUGAAUGGUUUCAAGGGCUUUGACACUCCCGAGAACGGCGCUCUCAACGCUUGCAGACUUGCAACCUUGGGCCCGGGUGGUGAGACGGGCACGUUCUCGAACAGACAUGGCCCUGUGGCCUGGUGA